CUUUUUGAGAGCCGCCGUCCAAAGCUCGCUCCAGUCAGGUGCCUAAACCAUGAAUCCUGAUCUUUAAUUUGAGCCUCGAUCAAUGAGGGGGUGAUCCGGAAGUGGGAAAGAAAGCUAAUAAUGCCACCGCUCAGAUCUCAUCGGAAAUCCCGGACGGGGUGUCUGGUGUGUAGGAAACGACGAGUCAAGUGCGACGAAUCAGGCCACCCCUGUGCAAACUGUACCUUCCGGGGCCUGGACUGCGCAUACGCCGAUCCCAGAACGUUGGCCGGUGGAAGCGCAGCGGAAGAAAGAGCUACGCCAUCGCGUACGGAGUCCUUACCUGGGGUGCCCCCAAGGGAUAGCGUUACUCGGCAAACUCAGCCAGCACUAUCACAGGCGGCGGUAUCACUUCGACUACAGUUGGAGCUGAUGCACACUUACUCGACGGAAACAUACAAGAGCCUCUUCGCAGAACCAACUGACAACCAUACAUGGCAAGUCGUGGUCCCCCGACGCGCGCUGGAAGAUGGUGACGGGGACAGGGAGAAUGGAUUCCUGCUUGAUGGACUCCUAUCCGUCGCAGCACUGCAUACGGCCGUUCGUCUAAGCAACAGUCCGAAGCCAGAAGACCGAGCAUGGAAGCAGGUAUACAUCGAUGUUGCAAUGGAAUAUCAAAGCCACGCGCUGCAACCAUUCCAACGAGCUAUCCAGCAGAUUUCAAGGGACAACUGUGACGUCGUCUUUGCGCACUCGUUGAUUACCAUCGUGAAUGGGAUCGCGGUUCCGCAGGUCCUCCACGUCUCAGAAGGCCGUAGGGAAGAUUCCAAGAUGAAUAUGCUAGAGACGAUAUUCACUCUCUUCGAACUCGUUCAGGGCACGGCGGAAAUCAAUCGGAUAACGGGGCCCUGGCUUAAAGAUAAAGACCCGUGUCUUGUAUACCAGGAUUUCUGGGCUGCGGCGAGCGGGACGGCGCUUGACACCGAAACAGAUGCAGCGCUGAAUAGACUCGGCGCUCUGAACGACGCAGAAAACAAAAGCGAUAUCACUCGGCAUCUCGGCGACGGCCGAUUCACCCUAAUCGAGAAAGCAAUAUCCCUCCUUCGGAGAUGCUUCCAGCGAUAUACAGCACUCAAUGAUCCCGUUUCCGUCUUGACUUGGCUCGCGACGGUCGAUCGCGCGUUCGUCGACUGUCUACGGCGCCACGAGGCGCUGCUGUUGCUGGUGCUUAUGCAUUGGGGCGCGCUGCUUGCGAGGUUGGAGGGGGUUGUGUGGUGGGCCGGGGGCUCAGGGAGGGGGCUUGUCGGGGAUGUUUUAUGGAUUCUGAGGGUUCAGCAUGAGGGGACCAGUGGGGCAGAUAAGCCAGGGCGAGAUGGUGGAGUACGAAGAGGGGAGGACUUUGGCGGUGCAUUGAAAUGGGUACGGGAGGAUUUGGGGUUGUGAAUGGCAGUCAAUGUGUACAGCCUGACUUUGUUGCUAGUGUGGUGUACAGGACCGUUACCUCUGACCCUUGAUCAAUCGCACAACGGGAUCCGUGUCUCACUGGAGAGCCUUGUCAUAGAUAGUGACGUACUUACUGAAGCCGCGUAAACCCCACCACUGCCUAGUCUCGGCGAUGUAAUUCGUAUUGCCGCGUACAUCCC